AUGCUUUAUCUAGAGUAGAAACAUAUAAAAGUUAAAAUCAUAGAAAAAGCACAAGCAAUCAUGGUACUUUUCGUAUUAAAAUAAGAAAUUUCUAAUAUCGGAUCAAGAAGCACAUCUGAUAGAUCCAAAUCAAUUGAAAAUUCUCUCAUUGGAGAAGCAUCUAUAAAGUAAAAUCGAACAAAUUACGUCAUAAAAGAAUAAUAGAAGGCCCAUGGUUAAAUAGAUAUGAGAAAAGGUUUUGCAGGGAGAUAUGAUAAAAAUGGUGAAUGGGAGCAUUAUUUACCACCAUUACCUAGCGUUUAAGAUAGAGAAAAGAAACAAAUGGAAUAACUUGUCAAAUUAACUAUAAAAUUUGUUGAUAAAGUGCCUAAGCUCAAACUGAGGCAGAGAUUAAAAUAUUGUAUAUUAGCAAUCAGAGCAUUAGUUAGAUGGAUUAGAUUAGUGCAGUAUUUCAUCCUUAUAUUUUCAAGCUCUCUAAUUUAGAAAAAAAGAUUAAAUUCUGUCAUUUACAAUGACUGUAUAAAGGAAGUAAUUUAUAAUGACUAGAUCAAAGCAAUAAAGUUUAAACAAUGGACUUAAAUGGUUUUUUCAAAAGUAUUUAAUUAGAUCAANGUAUUGGAAAUGAAAAAAUGCUAAUUUUAGUUCAACAUUUUUUUGCUGAAGUUAGGUAUUUUGAUUUUAUCAUCGAAAGUAUCUGGCUGGACUAAAAAAAUAUGA